UAUAUGUUACCUCUGGGCGAUAUUAUUCGUAAACAUUGUAUUAGUUUCCACUGUUAUGCUGAUGACACACAGUUGUAUGUCUCUGCAAAACCUGAUGAGAGACACCAGCUUAAUAGAAUUGAGGAAUGUGUGAAGGACAUUAGACACUGGAUGCUUAUAAAUUUCCUUCUGCUUAACUCUGACAAGACUGAAGUACUUGUGCUAGGACCACAUACAGCUAGAAGUAAGUUUUCUGAUUACACAGUAACUCUGGAUGGCCUUUCUGUUUCUUCACGUGCAGCAGUAAAAGACCUCGGAGUGAUUAUUGACCCCAGUCUUUCAUUCGAAACUCACAUUGAUAACAUCACCCGGAUAGCUUUCUUUCAUCUCAGAAAUAUUGCAAAGAUAAGAAAUUUAAUGUCAUUGCAUGAUGCAGAAAAACUAGUCCAUGCUUUCGUUACCUCCAGGUUGGAUUAUUGUAAUGCCUUACUGUCUGGAUGUUCCAAUAAGUGCAUAAACAAGCUCCAGUUAGUUCAAAAUGCCGCAGCAAGAGUCCUUACUAGAACAAGAAAAUAUGACCACAUCACGCCUGUCUUAUCCACACUGCAUUGGCUCCCAAUCAAAUUUCGUAUUGAUUAUAAAAUACUACUAUUGACCUUUAAAGCACUAAAUGGUCUCGCACCACAGUACCUGAGUGAACUUCUGCUCCUCUAUGACCCGCCACGCCUACUUAGAUCAAAAGGUGCAGGCUAUCUGCUGGUACCUCGUAUAGUGAAGGCUACAUCAGGGGGCAGAGCCUUUUCUUACAAAGCCCCACUGUUAUGGAACAGCCUUCCAAGUAAUGUUCGGGAAUCAGACACAGUCUCAGCAUUUAAGUCUAGGCUGAAAACAUAUCUGUUUAGUCAAGCCUUUUAUUAAUGAUGUUUAUGAGGUAAAGGAGUAGAUCUGGAGGGUCCUCAGACAUAGAGUGUUUUGGUAAACUGGGAUGUAUGGAUGCUGUCAGUCCCCACUCGCUUGCUCACUCGAGUUUGUUGACGGUGCAGUGGCUGGCUGCUUUAUGUCCCGGGGCUCCCUCAUGCCUGUGUUACCUUCUGGCUCUCUCCUUUUAGUUAUGCUGUCAUAGUUAGUUGCCGGAGUCCCUGCUUGUACUCGGUGCAAUAUGUAUACUGUUCCUACUUAUUCAGGUGACAUCGGGCAUACCUAACCACCUGUGUUUUCUUUCUCUCCCCCCCCACUCCAAAUCUGUCCCUCUGAGUUACAUGGAGUCAACAGGAAAUCUUUUGGUGGAGACGGUGUGGACCUCGACUGGCUAUCGUAGCCUGCAGGGAAUCGGCCGUCAGACAUUCUGUCGCAUGUCCCAGACCCGGUGAAAUGUAACUGAAUUGUCUUGGCCAGGCCUAAGGGUCCCAUCUGCAUCUCAUCAUUGGUGAGGAGUGUGCUCCCAUCACCCAAUCAAGCAUCCAGCCAGAGCAGGUCAUGAUAUAUUUUUUUUUACCAUAUUAACAUGCCAUUGUGUGUCAUGCCUGAUGUAAAGACUCUCGUCUCUGCGAGCCUACCACACAGAUUUAAUACUUGUCAUUUUUAGGGCAUACCU